GCUGCGAGUUGCGUAAUACCCUACAUCCUGUGUGCUUGUUUGUAUUGCCUUAGGUGUUGAUGAUGUUUUGAGAGGGUCCCUGCCGACCCUUAUAUAUUCGGGGGGACCGGGUUACAUGGAAAGUCCUAGCUGAGUACAGUUGGAGUCCUACUACAACACAAUCGGGUAGUUUCCUUUGUUCUGCAGCUAGUUCUACACCUAUUCAGGUAGUUACAAGAGAGGCAAGGUACAUCCAUGAGUUAUCCCUUACUCUAGAACAUUCUAAGCAUACAAGCAGUCCCGCUACCCCGGGUCUGACAAAGGCCGUUACUAUUAGGCUGCCCCCUAAGUUCGGCGUAAGAAAGCUUGCCUUGACAAGGGCAUCCAUGUAAGUUCUUUGAACUUAUUUGUAGAUUUGCUUAUUUACCGAGAGCAUUUUAACUGAUUUGUCUUUGCGGUGACACACUCCUAGAGGCAAGGAGAGAAACUGAAGGUGAUUCAGUCCCCAAGUCAGCAGUGGAGAAGCCCCCGAGCACUCCAGAGAUGGAUGCUCAUCAGGCAGUGGAGAUGGCGAAUUCUAUGAUGCUGAAUUCUCCACUCCCUGAUGCUGAGAGGAGCGAUGAAAGGCUCCUAGAAGAGGAUGGAAGCAACAAGCUUCCAAAAGAGGGAGGCGACGAGAAGCUUCUUGAGGAGACCCCUACAGGGAAUACUGUAGGAAGAGUCGAGGAUGUGCUGCAAAAGGUGGUCUCUGAGGUGUGGGUGACUACUUCCCAGGUUUCAUCGGGAAUUGCCUUGCCUCAGGAGAAGGUGAAGCUUUCUUACAAGUUGGUGGGAGAGGCAUUAGAGCAAGAGACCAGCCUGCCUCAGGACAACUUAGAGCUAGAUGCUCUGAGAGAGCAAGUAAAGAAGCUCUCGUCUGAGAAGGCUGCCCUUCAGGAGAAGAAUAAAAAGCUCGCCAAAGCCAAGAAAGAUGAAAUUGAAAAGCUCAAGAAGAUCAAGGGGGAUUCUGACCAGGAGAUGGCGACAGUCCUCAAGCAACUUAAGGACCUGUCAGAAUCCUGAGACUUGAUGCAGCAGGAGCUCGAAGAGCUGAGAGAUGUGAAGGAUGUAGCUCAAGACAUGGCAGGCCUUGUAGAGAUCCCAGAGGGGAAUGAAGAUGAACCGCUCACGUUGGCGGGGAGGCUUCGUAAAGUACCUGAAAGCUUUGAAAGGUACGUCUCCACAACUACCCGAUAAUACGUAGGACAUGUACUCGGGUUGGUAAAGUCCUACUGGCCACGAACUCCACUUGAUCCUCUUGGAAAGGGCGCGAAGGCUGAUUGCAGUGAUGACCAAUUCAAUCAUUAUCUGCAAGAAACCUCCACCAUUGCAGACAAGAUAGUGGAGACCUUGAACAAGUCCGGAUCUCCUUGAAUUGCUUGUAGAAUGUUUUGGUGUUUGUAGCCACAAGUACUUUGUCUUGUACAAAUGUUUAAAUUUGUGUAUCGUCGAGUACUUGU